AUGAAAUUCGCUGGUUUGAUAUUGGCGAUUGGCUUUCAUUUCGCCGAAGCCGCUCAAGAAGAUCGAUUGACUGCGGAGACGAUCACUGAAGCCAUCGGACGUCUCGCCAAUUCAAAGCCUUACAUCCCGGAAUAUGUGUACAAUGUCAUACUUGCAAUGGAUAGCGAGACUAAAACAGAAUUAGCUCAGCUAUGCAACGACUAUUUCGACGGGAAAAUUGAGACGCCGAAAAAUAUUGAAGAAUUGAUGACGAUGCUGAAUGCGGAUUAUUCGCUCGUGGCUUCGACAUUCGCCAAAAUCAAUAUCUUCUAUCGACAGCGACUCGGAAAUCUUGGGCCAAAAUCCCGAGAAUUCCUCAACAAUGUCGAGCGUCGAUUAUUCGAUGCCGCCAACAACGACACCGGCAAAUUGCGGGACAACUUGGCGACGGCCAUCGAACAGGCGCAAAGCGAUUUUCGACAAUUGUACGAUGAUGACGAUGAGGCGACGAAACUCGACGAGCAAUUCCCGCAAUUCCGCAAUAUCUAUAAUAGUUUGGAGAAAAUUGCAGCAUGA